AUGUUUAAGGUGAGUUUCAGUGGCCUGCGGGAACGUGACGUCGUCAGUGACCUCAAGAAAUCCCUUUUCUGCAUUUGGUUCCAGCUGGUGGUGGUCAUACUGUGCUUCGCCACGCUGCUGGUGUCGACCGGAAGUGCACUGACGAAGGACGAGUACGAGUUCAGUAUCAAGCACGGUUCGUUCGCCGUCCACCAGCGGCAUGUGAACGGUCUGCGGAAGGGCGAGCCGCCCGGCCCGAAAGUGGUGGUGGAAGGACAGAACAGAGACAGUGUCCAGCGCAAGGAACAGUUCUACCCGGGGGGUGAAAGUGCAACCGGUGCCGUAGAUGGUGAGGGUGAAAAGAUCUCCAGCACCCUGGCGCAACCGACGCGCCCCAGUUUCGGUGCCAAAGUGUCCACUGCGAAGCCACCCAUCCAGAGCAUCGACUUUGAGGCCGUGACCCCGGGGCUGGAAGAGGUACCGCUACAGAACAGUGUCUUCACCAGCAGCCAGGGGUACGGUCAGGUGAGAGCUCAAGGUCCCAGCACAUCCUACCAGUCGGUGGAGCAUUACGUCGAGGAAGACGACGAUUCCGACGAGCGGAUCGCGAUCGUGCGACCGAUCAGUGCCGAAGACUUCUACAAAACGCCACAGCUACGCACACCGAACUCCGAACGUGGUCCUGUGCUGUUUCCGAACGAACCAACGACAACGAACCCAACGACGACGACGUCGGCCAAGUCGGCCGGCAAGCUCCUCAAGCCGAUCGCAAACUCCAGUGCGGUGCAGGAAAGUGAAGAGAUCUACCUGCUGCUAAAGUACGAAGCUCCUCGCAAGAAGCCGUCGGGUGAUCGUCAGGAAAGUGACGCGAGCGCUGGACCGCAAGUGGAACUCGAAUCGAGCAACGGUGACCUGCGUCUGCAGGAUGGACGUAUCCGAACCGGCGGUGGUAGCUUCACCACCGUCGGGUACUUCGUGAGUGGCGAAGAAACGAGCACGGUUGCUCCGGUGCCCGGAACUUCGACCGUUAGCUCACCGGAAGCAUCGCCAGAAGUGGCGCGAGGUCGCGCCAAACUACGCAACAGCUACGGUGAACACCUGAACGGGGAUCUCAGUGACUUCGUGAACUCCAUCCGACCGAUCACGGAAAACUCCCAGGAUUCGAGCGGGGACCGUGGAGCGGACGAGCCGACGGGUGCACGCGAGGAAAUCGACGCCAAUCUGGACAUUGCGCAGAUGACGCGCAUCCUGGCCGGCCGGCAGGGUGGCCUGACGAUACCGGAGUUUAACCGGCUGUUCCGGGACUACCUGAAGAAGGACAUCACCGUGGACGAUCUGGAGGACUUUGUCAAGUACGACGGAGAGCAGGAAGGUGCGGACGAGUCCCAGGAUGCACCGACCGCCGAACCGGACGCGACCAAAUCGUUCGACAUUCGGGCGGAGAAUGGGAAAAACGUGGCCACCGUCGCUCCGGUGAAGCUGUCGGACCAGCAACCGAAGGUGCAGGUAAACAAGGGGAUGGCCGGAGGCAAGGCCGGUCGUAAGGAUAAGGUCGUCAAGAUCGGGUACGGUGGAUCGAAGUCGUACCAGGGGGUGUACAAGUCGCAAAAGUUCCUCGAAAAGGUGAAAGCCGAACGCGCUCCGCUCCUGAGCGAUGGGGCAUGGUUUCGGCAACAGCUUCCGGUGCGUGAGGUCGGCCCGAUGGCGUACGUCGAUAAUCCGGUGUUCGGGUUUGCCGGACCACGGCCACGGAUGGGGCCGAUGCGAGGAGCGAUGGACCUGAAGCCCAUCCACCAGGCUGCCAACGGAGUUCACGGUGGCCAAAGCUACGUCAAGUUCCAAAAGAUUAGCUAA